CCGCGGAAGACUUUACGUGAACAUUUGAGUGUAGUUUAUUUCGUUGUGUUCCACGCGUCUAAAGAGGUUCUACAAGACUACAUUUCCCUUCAGUUAAAGACAUUUGGGAAGAAGUUUGAAGGAGAAGGUCAGAAGCGUGUUUUUGAACAGAGGAGCUGCUGCGUAAUACGAGAAACAAAUAAAAACAGCAGAAAUUAGCUUAGCUGCUGGACAGUUAGCUACUUACCGCUAAAGGAGACGGACUCCAGCAACGCUGCGUGAAAUUAAAUGAAGAGCUGUCAGUUAUCUGAGAUUUUAUCUACUGUAGCAGUGCUCCUCAUUAAGCUCCGCUAUGUUUAAAAACGUUAUUAGACUGCAGAGCCGCUUAGGUGGUGUGAUUACCUUUUGUAAAGUGUGUCCCAGACAUGAACCUUUCAGGAAUGCGAUGAAAUACUCCACAGCCUCAGCAGAGAGGAAGAGAUUUUACCAACAUGUCAGUAUAUCCCAAAGUGAAGGUGGUCUGUAUGAGGUAAACCUGGACAGAAGAAAGUUGAAGACCCCCAGUGGGAAGCUGUUCACCGUGCCAAAUGAAGCCCUGGCCAUCGCCGUGGCUACGGAGUGGGACGCUCAGAAAGACUCCAUCAAGUUCUACACCAUGCAUUUGACCACUCUGUGCAACACGGCUCUGGAUAAUCCCACUCAGCGCAGCAAAGAGCAGAUGAUCAGCGCCGCUCUGAAGUUUCUGGAAACUGACACCAUCUGCUACAGAGUAGAUGAACCUCCAGGUUUGGUUGAGCUGCAGAGGAAUGAGUGGGAUCCUGUGCUGCACUGGAUCGAAAGCAGAUACAAGGUCACUAUCGGAUCAUCAUCCAGCAUUCUGGGUCCCCAGGUCCCAGAGGGAACCAGGGAGACGUUCAGACAGCACCUGGGCUCCUUCUCCCUCUGGCCCCUGACAGGGCUGGAGUUCGUCAUCACACAGCUGAAGUCUCUGGUUCUGUCACUGGGAAUGCUGGACCGGCACCUGAGCGUAGAGCGGGCCGUGCUGCUGUCCAGACUGGAGGAGGAAUACCAGAUUCGGCGCUGGGGAAACGUGGAGUGGGCUCAUGACUACGACAUGUAUGAGCUGCAGGCGCGGACGGCAGCGGGAGCGCUGUUCGUUCACCUCUCAUCCGAGAGCUCAACCGUCAAACACAAACUGAUGCAGGACUGAUCGGCUGGUUCUGGAAACCGGCCCGGAAACAUCCAGACCGUCGGGUCACAUGGUUCUGGAGCGGCCAAUCACAGCAGACUGUUGUCAGGUCAUCUAAAUCUCAGAUCAGUUUUUCUUUUUGUAGGUUUUUUAAAAUGUUGUAACUCUUCACUUUCUGUUGGGACAUUCUGGACCAGGUUGGUCCUCAACCCUUUCAAAAUAAAGCGUCAUGUCAGUAAAUACCAAG